AUGGAAAAUGCUAAACGACAUGUUAUAACUUCUCGAAAUCAAUCUAGCAGACGUCAUGUAUUACUUUCGAAUGGGGAAUCAUGCGUCGAAGAGCCGAUGAGACGCCAAUCACCUCGCAUUCGAUCUCAAAGCAAGUGCAGUAGUUCCUCCGGAUCUGCUUCUUCUAUUCCUCAUCCAAGCCGCCCUCAGCCACAAAUCCGCUCUUCUUCUCGUGAAUGGAGCUCAUUUGGAGAUAAAACAAAUUCGACUUCUCAUAAUACUUCUGUAAUUAGACUUAAGUAUCAAAGAGAGUGGCAAAGAAGCCGAGCUCGUGAACUCAAUUCUGGUCACCCUAGCCAUUCUUCAGGUCGUCAUCAGCGCAGGAGAGAGGAUUCUUAUCAGCGUUAUGAAAAUUCUUUGUGUGAUGAUGAUUCUGUCAAUAGAAGAGGCCAUACUCAGAUGGCUAGUAACUAUGGGAACUCACGUAGACGUCAUAUCACCUCACCAGAUGAACGACAACGAUCGGCACGAAACCAUUCUCGGUCUUCAUAUUCAUACGGAAAGCGAGGUUCUCGAGAACGCGAUAUAAGACAAGCUCACGGAAAACAUGGUGAAUUAGGUGAAGUUAGCUCUACUACAAACUCUUCACCGUUUAUCAACUCUAGAUCAAUGACUUCUCAUCACAUUCAAAAAAUGAGCACAAAUCGACCAAGGCCAUCCAGACCUGAUAAUUCUUCCUUUAGAUCACACGCCAUUAGCCCAUCUCAUCAUCAAAGCGAGCAAGGAGUUAAUAAACUUAAUCGUUACCACCACGGCUAUUCUAAUUCUUCAGAUCUAUAUACCAAUCCUAAUGAUGCUCGUGAACGAGUCAGUAUGUCAUCCAACAGGCUCGGAACUGAAUUUUCUCCAAAGCGCCGUUUUGAGUCAAAUAUUCACUCUGCAUAUUCGCUUAAGGUAGUAGUUUCUCACGAGGCCACUUAG